GUACUUCAUAAACAUGUGUAAUAUAAUUUCAUAUAAACGUAAGAUGCAACAUUUAAAACAUGAGUGAUAGCGGUAGUGAUAACUAUGUGAAUGUUUAUCUUAAAACGUGUCAAAAGCACGAUGCACUUGGGAACUCUAUCCUUACGUCUAAUUCGCAAAAUGAUAGCAUAUCACACCUAGGAAAGUUAAAAAACGAUAUAGCUUCUCAGACAGAUCAAAUCGAGACUUACUUAAGCAAAGGAAAUCUCACGAGUCAGGAAUGGCAAAAGGUAAUUGACCUCAAAAGUCGUACAAAACACAAAUUGGAGUUUGCAAACAACCUUAUAACCGAACUGUUAAAACGAGAUUUAGCAAAUCUUGACAAAACUAAAAAUGUGCAGAUCCAGCGCCUGAGAAGAAUAUAUGACCAACAUACCCGUGAAUUCAAUAAUAUUUGCAAGCAGGUGGAAACUGGCUACCAGAGCUUUAUGCUAUUUGAUUCGGGUCAAAAUGAAGGUACUCAAGGCAGUAAAGGUGUUUCCAUAGUGGACUCCGGAAAAGCCAUAGUUGAGGCUAUAAUCGAUAUAGAAUCGCUAACUGAGCAGGCUAGUCUAAACCUUGAUAUGUUAAAGAAGGGAAACAAAAGAAUGGGUAAGAUAUAUAGUAAAUUAAAUACCAUGGUCGACAAACACUUGUUCAAUAUCCAUAAACUGCAAAAGAACAUACGUUAUGUAAUGAUAAAAAACAGAAGUAUCGUAUCUAUCGUAAUAGGAAUUUUUAUCUUUAUUGUACUGUACAAAAUAACAAACGGCUUCUUUUAGUCGUUAUUAA